ACAAGUAUUUGAGUUCAGUAUUAACAUAAAUUUAGACGACAAAUCCCAAUCCGUAUUUUCAAACGUGGUAGAAAGCAGAUAUUGACACUAGGAUGGGCAAAGAGCACGGAGGUGAAGCACAUCUAGCAGAAACAGAAUCAAAUAAGUUAUUGAAUGAAAAUCCAUCCAAUCCAUCGAUUACAAAAUGUGAACGAAACGGUAAGGUAUCUACGAAGUCACGCACCAUCCUAUGGCAUGCAGCGUUCUGGGGAUUCGCUAUUAACUACAUGGUUCGAUGCAAUUUAAAUUUGGCCAUUGUGUCAAUUGUUGUUCCGAAAAAGGUUUCGACCAACAGUUCAACCAAACCUUUAGAAUGUUUCAAUAGGUCUUCAAAUUUUCCAGUCGGUAAUAGUACCGAUCACUACCAAUAUGGUGAUGAAAUGAGAAAAUAUUUUAGUUUGGAACGAAUCGUGAUGGACUUAUUUAUGAUUGAUUACAACAAAAAUGGAUUUGAAUGGACUGAGUAUGAGCAAGGGCAGUGCCUGGGCUCAUUUUAUUGGAUGUUUUGGUCAACACAACUGUUGGGUGGCUAUCUAGCAAAUCGUUUCGGCACAAAGCUCGUCUUUGGACUGUCAAACUUUCUUUCUUGUGGGCUAAGCUUUUUAAUUCCAACCGCAGCAUAUUUGAACUUCAAGUUCCUUCUAAUCGUUCGAAUGUUACAAGGUGCUUUGUCCGGUUUCAGUUGGCCAGCUAUGCAUCACAUCACCUCUCAGUGGAUUCCACCCAAUGAAAGGAGCCGAUUCAUAAGUGCAUAUAUGGGAUGUUCUGUUGGUGUGGCCAUAUGUUAUCCCAUAUUCGGAUUUAUCAUAUCGAUUUCGUCGUGGGAAUGGAUAUUUCACUUUUGUUCGGUGACAACGGUUGUAUGGUUUAUAUUUUGGCAAUAUUGCGUGUACGAUAGUCCGGCAGACCACCCUAGCAUUGAGUCAAGCGAGUUGAACUAUAUCACUAAAGCACUUGGCAGCACCAGUCAAAAGGAUAAGAAAGCACCGAUACCAUGGACUUCGAUUUUUAAGAAUAUUCCGUUUUGGAUUACUGUGUUUGCCCAUUGGGGAAGUUCCUGGCAGCUAUACACUCUAGUGAUACAACUACCGUCAUACUAUAAAUUUAUCCACGGUUUCGAUAUUCGAAUGUCCGGCCUCUUCUCUGGUGGCCCACAUUUUCUUCGUAUGGGCUUUUCAUACAUUUUUUCAAGUUUUGUCGACUAUCUGCUACAUUCUAAAUCACUAUCCAGAACAAAUGCAAGAAAAUUUGCAGUUUUUGUCAGUUGCAUUUUGAGUGGUACUAUGUGUAUUGGAUCGGCAUAUGCUGGCUGCAAUUCAAGUUUAGUAAUCGUAUUGACAACAGCCUCAAUAACCUUGUUGGGUGCUCAAACUGCAGGAAUAUUGCCGUCUUUCGUUGAAUUGGCCCCCAAUUAUGCAUCCAUUUUGUUGGGAAUUUCGCUAACAAUUUGUGUAUUACCUGGAAUUUUGUCAUCGCAUAUCGUUGGUGUACUGACAAAUAACCAGCAAACUAGUGAGCAGUGGAAAUACGUUUUCCUUCUUACAGCUGGCAUGUCGAUAUUAUCAGGCUUGGUUUUUGUACUCUUUUCAUCUUCCGAGGAGCAAAGUUGGAAUAAAUCUACAAAAUCGGUGGAGAUGAAACCGUUAAACGAAUCGAAAUGUGUCGAGAUUCCGAGUGAAAAAUGUUCUGAGUAAAGUCACAGAAAUCAUACUUUUAAGAAAACCUCUGCUGUUUGUUCUUGACAACGACGACAAGCGUAGAGCGUGACUAAAUGUGAUAUUAAAUAGCAAAAUGUAUGUUAAACAAAUUCGUGCCAACGCAACGUCUUGAAAAUCUAUAGAUUAAAAGAUGUAACACAACCGAUAAUGUUACUGCUAAAGGACGCCUCUGCGAAAGGUUAAUAUACAUAAAUUUCCUGUUACCAUUUCAUAAAAGGAAAAAUUCAGCAGAAUAAAUCGACAUCA